UCCACUUCUAUUUCUAGACUCUAGUGGUUAAUUAAAUAAAUACCGAGGACCCUACUUGAACCACGUUGUAAAACAUUAUUUGUUUUAAUAUUUUCUAAUGGGUAUCCCAUUGAAUAUUGUUAAAAUAGUGCUUCGUUGUAUUGUAGUGUUUGCGUUGUGUAGGACUUCAACAACUACAGAUGAAAAACCUGCAAUUUUUAUCUUUGGAGAUUCUCUUCUUGAUAAUGGUAACAAUAAUUACAUUGUUACCCUGGCUAGGGCUAAUUUUCAACCAUAUGGUAUUGAUUUUGGAGGACCGACAGGAAGGUUCACAAAUGGAAGAACCACUGCUGACGUUCUUGAUCAAGAACUUGGUAUUGGUCUUACUCCACCUUACAUGGCUACCACUACAGGUGAACCAAUGGUUCUAAAGGGUGUUAAUUAUGCCUCGGGUGGAGGCGGAAUCCUCAAUAAGACAGGAUUUCUCUUUGGUGGUCGAAUAAACUUCGAUGCACAAAUUGAUAACUUUGCAAAUACAAGAGAACAAAUUAUCAGAACAAUUGGUGUUCCUGCGACUCUCGAGUUGCUUAAGAAUGCUCUCUUCACAGUAGCACUUGGCUCAAAUGAUUUCCUUGAUAACUAUUUAGCACGUACAAAGCAAGAGAGAGAGUUGUUACCUCCAGACAAAUUUGUCGAGACAAUGAUAUCAAAACUCAGAGUACAACUCACGCGACUAUUCAAUUUGGGAGCUAGGAAAAUUGUUGUGCCAAAUGUUGGGCCAAUGGGGUGUAUGCCAUAUAUGAGAGAUAUUAAUCGACUUUCUGGAGACGAGUGUGCUGAAUUUCCUAAUCAACUUGCUCAAUUAUUUAACACCCAAUUGAAGAGCCUUAUUGAAGAAUUGAGGACAAACUUGGUGGGAUCGUUAAUUCUUUAUGCAGAUGCUUACGACAUUACUCAAGAUAUGAUCAAGAAUUAUAAAAAAUAUGGAUUUGAAAAUCCGAGUUCCGCAUGUUGUCAUCAAGCAGGUCGAUAUGGAGGAUUGGUCACUUGUACGGGUGUUUCAAAAGUUUGUGAAGAUCGAUCGAAGUACAUUUUUUGGGAUACUUUCCAUCCCAGUGAUGCUGCCAAUGUUUUCAUUGCAAAGCGUAUGUUACACGGUGAUAGCAAUGACAUUUCACCUAUGAACAUUGGGCAACUCUUACAAGCUUAAGACACAACAAGAACAAUGAUUUUUAUAGUAAAUUAAAUUAUCAGAGUGAGAAACUCUUCAAACCGUUCUUUUAAGAUGUAUCUGUUAGAUAAUACUUGGAGAUUUUAUAUCUUGGUCUAAUGAUGAACCUUAUGAAUUAACAUAUUAUUUUUCAUUUAUUCGUUAUUGGUUUGUAAUAAUAUUAAGUUGGAUGAUGCUAACAUUUGUCCUAAGGACAUA